UGGUCAUUUAAUGUCAAAGACGACGAUUCUGUCUGCCUCCCAAAGACAAAGAAGUUGGAAGCUAACCCCCGUUCUCUCCGUUUCCAGGGACUGUUCUCCUGGCUGGUUAGGAUCUUCCACCUGAGCGAUGACCAGAUCUGGGAGCGGUGUGGUGAGGACGCCAUCCACUACCUGUCCUUCCAGAAACACAUCAUUGUCCUGCUGGUGGUGGUCAGCUUCUUGUCUCUGUGUGUCAUCCUGCCCGUCAACCUCUUGGGAGACUUGCUGGACAAAGACCAUAACAGUUUUGGGAGGACGACAAUAGCAAACCUACAGACUGGCAACAACCUCCUUUGGCUGCACUCCAUCUUUGCCGUCAUUUACCUCUUCCUCACCGUGGGCUUCAUGCGGCACCACACCCGGUCCAUCAGGUGCUCAGAGGAGAACCUGGUGAGAUGGACGCUGUUCAUCACAGGACUCCCCAGAGGUGCCAAGAAGGAGACCAUGGAGAACCACUUCCGGGACGCGUACCCCACGUGUGAAGUGGUGGAGGUCCAGCUCUGCUACGACGUGGCCAGGCUGAUGGACCUGUGCCAGGAGAGAGAAAAUACCAAGAAGAGCCUGACCUAUUACACAAACCUGCAGAUGAAGGCAGGCCAGAGGCCUCUCAUUAACACCAAGUGCUGCGGCCAGUUCUGCUGCUGCAAAGUGCCCGGGUGUGAGCGGGAGGACGCCAUCUCUUACUACAGGCGCAUGAAGGACCGGCUGAUGGAGAAGAUCACAGAGGAGGAAUCCAGGGUCUGGGACCAGCCACUGGGAAUGGCCUUCGUCACCUUCCAGGAGAAGUCCAUGGCCACCUACAUCCUGAAAGACUUCAACACCUCCAAGUGUCAGGGCCUUCAGUGCGAAGGUGAGCCCCAGCCAUCCUCCUACAGCAGAGAGCUCUGCCCCUCCAAGUGGACGGUCACCUUGGCCUCUCACCCCGAGGACAUCUGCUGGAAGAACCUCUCUGUCCAGGGCCUCUGCUGGUGGUUCUGGUGGCUGGUCAUCAACCUCAUUCUCUUCAAGGUGCUGUUUUUUCUGACCACACCCUCCAUCAUCCUGUCCACCACGGACAAGUUCGGUGUCACCAAACCCAUCUAUGCACUGAAUAAUGCAUUCAUCAGCCAGUUCUUCCCAACCCUCCUCCUGUGGUUAUUCUCAGCCCUGCUCCCCACCAUCGUCUACUACUCUACGCUGCUGGAGUCUCACUGGACCACGUCUCAGGAAAACCGGAUCAUGAUGAGCAAGGUCUACAUAUUCUUGAUCUUCAUGGUGCUAAUUCUGCCCUCUCUCGGCCUCACCAGUCUGGAUUUCUUCUUCUGGUGGCUCUUUGACAAGACUUUCUCAGACGCCUGUAUCAGGUUGGAGUGCGUCUUCCUGCCCGACCAAGGCGCCUUCUUUGUGAACUACAUCAUCGCCUCGGCCUUCAUCGGCAACGGCAUGGAGCUGUUGCGGCUGCCCGGCCUCAUCCUCUACACCUUCCGCAUGCUCAUGGCCAAGACGGCCGGCGACCGCAGGAACGUCAAGCAGAACCAGGCCUCCCAGUCUGAGUUUGGAGCCAUGUACGCGUGGAUGCUGUGCGUCUUCACCGUCGUCAUGGCCUACAGCAUCACCUGCCCCCUCACCACGCCAUUCGGCCUCGUCUACAUCCUGCUCAAGCACAUGGUGGACCGGCACAACCUCUACUUCGUUUACCUCCCGGCCAAGCUGGAGAAGAGGAUCCACUUCGCGGCUGUGAGCCAGGCUUUGGCUGCUCCCAUCCUGUGCCUCUUCUGGCUCUACUUCUUCUCCUUCCUGCGCCUGGGUCCGAGGGCCCCUCACAACAUGUUCACCUUGCUGGUCCUGCUGCUCACCGUCCUGGUCGGCCUGGCCUACGCCUGCUUCGGAUGCUUUAAGCACCUCAUCCCUCUGAACUACAAGACAGAAGAAUUGGCAAGUAACACAGGAAGCAAAGCAGAGGCCCACGUGCCUCCACCCUUCACACCCUACGUGCCCCCAAUUCUGAGCAGCUUGGCCUCCGAGAGAACGGCCCUGUCCCCGCAGCAGCAGCAGACCUCUGGCGCCAUCCACAACAUCAGUGGGGCCAUCCCGGGGCAGGGCCUGGCCCAGGGUCCUGGGGACAGCGUGGUGGCUCCCUCAGGAGGGCUGAGGAUGGGCGAGCUGCCAGGCUGGGCCAGGCUCCAGGAGCCGGGAGGAGAUGCAAACACCAGCCACCCUGAACCAGACCAAGCCUCACCACAAGAGCUGUGCCCGUGACCUUUCCCUUAUUUUUAAUGCUAAGAUCUCUCCAGGGGGAGCUUAGGCCUUAUCACCCUAACCUGCAGUGUAUGUGGAAGCGUGUUCUCCAACUGAGCCUGCGCAAGCGAAUAUCCGCCUCUCCCUUUUGAAUAUUGAGUCCACAUCCAAAAUGAAGGUCUUUUCUUGCCUUUGUUCGGGCCACUAUGACUUUGGAAAUGAUUCCUCAUGGUCUCCUGUUUGCUGCAAAUACAGUUUACUUUGUGAGACAA